UGGUUCUGCUCAGGUCCGGGUCGGUGAGGCGUCUGACAGCCGUGACAAGAUGAAGACUGGACUCGGAGGAGGUGUUUUCGACCAGGGAGGAUUCUGCUGAUUUCAGGAGCAGCACCGAACUCGGACAACCGUCGGAUCUGGUUGACCCACUUGUCGUCCUACCUGGCUCUGUUCCAGCAGGACUCUCUGCUGCUAAUCCGACUCCCUGGUGGUAACUCAUGACCUCACAUCCUCGUCUCCUGAUGCGUCGCUGAUAUGGGAGAGUGGUGGACGACUGAGACAUCCAUGGAAAACUACGAGAUCUCGAGCAUAUCGCAUGGGACGAUGUCGCCCUCGAGACGGAACAACCUCGUGUCAAUGUUCUCUUUUCCCUUGGCCAAAAGCUCCUACAGCAUGAUAAGUGCCUUUUGCACAGAGGACAAUAUUCCUCAGUGCGUUUCAUACGUCAAUCAGGAGCUCGCCUCUCUGGGCCUCUCCUCCACGUGCAUCGAGGCCAUCCAACCAGGGGGCGCCAGCCUGAACACGGUGCCGGCUCUGAAUGCCAUGUACGAGCUGCUGCAGAUCCACAGGCGAAAUAUGUGCAAUUUAGAGGAGCUGGAGAGAGAACAGCUGAGGAAAUCCAGCACCUUGGAGCAUGUGCAGAUGAGCAACUCCAGACUCAAGGAUCAACUGGAGCUGUCCAUAAGGGAGAAGUCGGGCCUACAUGAGACGGAGAGGCAGCUACAACUCAAAAUUAAAACUCUGCAGAGCUGCUUAAAAACAGAAAAAGAUGAGGUUCAGAAGCUCCAGAGUGUCAUCGCUAGCCGUGCCUCACAAUACAGUCACGAUGCCAAGAGAAAGGAGAGAGAAGCUGCCAAGCUCAAGGAGCGCCUCAGCCAGCUGCUGGUUGACAGGAAGGACAAGAAACUAGCUAUCGAUGUCCUUAAUUGUUUGGGCCGGUCAGAUGGAAAAAGGAGGCACUGGAAGACGACAAAAGCAUCAUCCAGCCACGAGGGCGACAUGUACAAGUCCCUGCUCAGUGACUACGAGGCCAGUCAGAGGUCCUUGAUGCUGGAGAACGCUGAGCUUAAGAAAGUCCUCCAGCAGAUGAAGAAAGAGAUGAUGCACAUCCUAAGUCCACGCCAGCCUUCUGCCAGAGGAGCCACAGCCGACGACAGCCAGGAGCAGGCUGACCUGGACGGGGAGGAGAAGGCGGGUGACACCAGCAGGGAAUCCCUGGACCAGUACUGUGAGCACGCUCGGGAGCAGCUCACCAACAGCAUCCGCCAGCAGUGGAGGAAACUGAGGAACCACGUGGAGAAAUUAGACAGCCAAGCCUCACAAGCGCAGAAUCAGCUGGAGUCCAAUAAAGAGGUGAUACCGCUGGAAGCCCACGAGGACGAGAUGGAGAGAAUGAGAUGUGAAGUCCAGCAGUGCAAAGAGUUCAUUCAUGCACAACAGCAGCUCCUCCAGCAACAACUCAACACAUCGUUUGACGAUGAGACGGCCGCUCUGCUCAACGACUGCUACACGCUGGAGGAGAAGGAGCGUCUCAAAGAGGAAUGGAGGCUCUUUGAGGAACAGAAGAGAAACUUUGAGCGGGAGAGGAAGAACUUCACAGAGGCUGCUAUCCGCCUGGGACGGGAGAAAAAGGCCUUUGAAGAAGAUCGUGCUUCUUGGCUCAAAAAUCAGUUUUUGAACAUGACUCCGUUUUCGCACCGAAGGAGAUGUUCCUCAUCUGACGCUCAAAGUGCCUUAUCCAUUAGAAGUGAGCCGGAGAUCAGGAUGUCUUCGGUGAAAGCUCAGCCGGCCAAAUCAUCAGCCUACACUACGUUCUCCACUCCCAAACCUUCACAAAGUGCUGCUGUGCCAUCCACGGCUGAACUCUACCGGACACUCCGCCUCAGACCAGACAGCAGUUCCUCCAGACACUCAAAUCGAGGACGCUGGCAGGAGUCCAGCAGCAUCGACGACGGAGAAACUCGGCUCAAGUCAAAACACAGACUGAGUAUCUUCUCUUUGGGGGAAGAUGAGAACAGCCUCACUUAGAGAACCACCAGUGCCUUUUUUUAAAUGUUGUUUUUUGUCACUGCAUUGGACUUUAGCUUCGAUCCAUGGCUGAACUCCAUCAGCGCUAAUGAACAAUCUUCGCACAAAUCAUUCACCAAAGCUGAUCAAACAAGGAAGCACUUUAAUGCCGUCGUUCGUUUGUUUUCUCUCCCAAUGAACGGAUCAACACUGACAGUACAGAUUUUAAGCUACGUUGAGGGAAGGUGCAUCUAAUUUAAACAUAUUCCUGAAUAUCGAUUAUGUAUGAAAGUAAUUUAAAUGUUUACAGUAAGUGUACAUUUUAAUUAAAGUUUAUAUUGACGUUAGAUUGAUAAGGAUCUGUAUGUUUUAAUAAAGAGUUUUUUUCCAAA